CAACUUGGACGCCAGGCCCAGCCGACGCCGCCAUGAGCGCCGCUCUUUUCAGCCUAGACAGCCCAGCACGCGGCGCACCCUGGCCCACAGAGCCCGCGGCCUUCUACGAGCCAGGCAGGGUGGGCAAGCCAGGACGAGGGCCGGAGCCUGGGGAUCUGGGGGAGCCGGGCUCCACGACCCCUGCCAUGUAUGACGACGAGAGCGCCAUCGACUUCAGCGCCUACAUUGAUUCCAUGGCUGCCGUGCCCACCCUAGAGUUGUGCCACGACGAGAUCUUCGCCGACCUCUUCAACAGCAAUCACAAAGCGGCCGGCGCGGGCAGCCUGGAGCUGCUGCAGGGCGGCCCUACGCGACCCCCGGGUGUGGGGUCAAUCGCCAGGGGCCCGCUGAAGCGCGAACCCGACUGGGGCGACGGCGACGCGCCGGGCUCCCUGCUGCCGGCGCAAGUGGCAGUGUGCGCGCAGACAGUGGUGAGCUUGGCGGCCGCGGCACAGCCCACACCACCCACUUCGCCCGAGCCUCCUCGAGGCAGCCCUGGACCGAGCCUUGCGCCUGGCCCCGUCCGAGAGAAGGGCGCCGGCAAGAGGGGUCCGGACCGGGGCAGCCCUGAGUACCGGCAGCGACGCGAGCGCAACAACAUCGCUGUGCGCAAGAGCCGGGACAAGGCCAAGCGCCGCAACCAGGAGAUGCAGCAGAAGCUGGUGGAGCUGUCGGCCGAGAACGAGAAGCUGCAUCAGCGUGUGGAGCAGCUCACCCGGGACCUGGCCAGCCUCCGGCAGUUCUUCAAAGAGCUGCCCAGCCCGCCUUUCCUGCCGCCCACCGGCACCGACUGCCGGUAACGCGCGGUGUGGGCCUUAGAGACUCCGAACGACCGAUACCUCAGACCCCGACGGCGGGGAGCAGACGCCGCCCGAAUUGCUACAGUUUCUUGGGCACUGGACUGCGAGAGAAGCUAUAUGAAUCCCCCUUAAAUUAUUUUUUUAUAAUGGUAGCGUUUUCUACGUCUUAUUACCAUUGCAGCUAAGGUACAUUGUAGAAAAGACUUUUCCGACAGACUUUUGUAGAUAAGAGGAAGAGACUGCGCAUGCUUUUUAUAUUCAUUUUUACAGUAUUUGUAAGAAUAAAGAAGCAUUUAAAUU